AUGCUCCGCUCCCCUCUCCUCCUCGCGGCCUUCCUCACCACCACCGCAAACGCCCAAACCCUCAUCGAAGCCAUUUCCAAAAUCCCCACCCUCUCCAACUUCACCGCCUUCUACCAAGCCAACGAGCCCUUCGCAAACGCACUCUUCGCCAACUCCUCCAACUACCCCAUCACCGUCCUCUGUCCCAAUGACGACGCCUUCGCCGCCUUCCAGGCCCAAUUCGGCAUCCCGCUCACCGACGCCCCGCCAGAAACGCUCCUCGAGCUCGUGCAGUACCACACGCUGGUCUCAAAUCUCAGCGCGGACAACUUUACAGACGACGGCGGCAAGGGCGUAACGACUCCGACGCUUCUGACGAACGAGAUGUUCAACAACAGGAGCGUAGGGACAGAAAUGGCGUCGCGGUUCGGCGGCGCAGCGCGCGCGAGCGGCCAAGUAGUCUUCAUAAAAAGCGAGAAGACAGGCGGCAGUGCUAGGAGGUUUCUCCUCUCGCGCCAGUCGAACGGCGUGUCGCAAGCCAGCGUCCGCUCGGGCCUGCAGUCCAACGUCAAUCUCACCACGCUGGACGACGCCGAGGGCCUCUGGGACGGUGGUCGCUUCCACAUCAUCGACGGCCUGCUCACGCCGCCCACCAUGUGCAGCACCACGAUCCGCAACGCGAAGCUCACCGGCCUCGAUACGGCGCUGAACCGCACCAAGCUCUGGGACGCGCUCGACGGCGGCAAGAAUCUGACCUGCUUGGGCCCGAACGACAAGGCGUUCAGCGACGCCGGGAGUCCGGAUCAGAAGCUCAAUGAGACGACGCUCACGGGCGCGCUACUGUUCCAUACGCUGCCCGAGGUCGCGUAUAGCGAUUAUCUGGUGGAUGGACAGGAAUUCAAGAGUCUGCAGAAUGGGACGGUGAGGGUAAGGAUUGAGGGCGAGGGCACGGAGCGUGCGAUUUGGUUUAAUAAUGCGAGGGUGGUGGAUGCUAAUGUGCUGACUCAUAACGGGCUCAUGCACGUGCUCGAUGCGGUUAUGGUGCCGCUUGAGGAGAUGAACGCCACCGCUACACCGAGCGCAUCGUCGACACCGACAGCGACGGGGACGGAGACGGGGACGGGGACGGGAUCGGCGACAAGCGCUGCUUCGAGUACUGGGGCCGCUGUUGCUACGACGCUGGGCUCAGGCUCAUGGAGUUGGACUUUGUGGGCGAUACUUGGUACUCUGGUAGUGAUGUUAGAGGGCGCAGGAGGAGGGUGGCUGUUGAUGGCUUGA